AUGACAAACUUCCAUGGUACAAAUAAGAAUGGACCAAGGUUUGAGCAGUGCCCACCCUCCACCUUGUACCAUCUAAAACCCCGCUUCGCAGCGCCCACACGACAGCCCCCGGAAGCGGUAAAUACAAACCUGUCUCGCCAAGCCGUGGCUGGAAGAAGCUCUGGAUACAGAUCAGGGGCAGCGGGUGCUCAGGAGCGGCACCCAGUCUACCCCGCGGAGGCCUUAACUCCAGCAGGGCCUUCCGCAGGGAAGCGCGCACGGCGGGCAGAGGCACCGAGCCCUGCAGCGCGCACAGGUCCUCAGAGCGCGAGAAGUCGGCUGCACUGUCCCGGCGCAGCUUCACCCAAUGAUCAUGGCCCGAGCGCAGCCUCGGGGACGCUGGCUGAGGACACGAUGCCCACACCCUCCUGGGGGCCCCGGCUCGCCUCCCGGCCCCUCGGGCGCCCACCGCCCCGCGGCUGCGGCCCCGCAGUGUACGCAGGACCGGCGUCGCAGCCAGAAGACAUCGGGUCACGGGCCUCAGCUAGGCCAGCCCCUCCAUGCCGCGCUCUGGAGACCCCGCUUGGUUUGGUUUUAGCGCCGGCAUCAACGCCCUGCACGCCGCUGGGCCGGGGUUUAAGCCACGAGGGCUGGGCCGUGGGGGCGGGGCUCGAGGACGUCAGCACGCUCGCCGUGCGUCCACUCGCAGCCCCGUCUCCCAUGGUGACGCGGCCUGAGGAGUAA